UGAUCAAAAUCAUAACCAUAAGCAAAUAUAGUCGAGUAGAAAUAUAAUAAAUAUAAAACUAUAUCUUAUAAUUAUAUAUUAAUAAAUUAAUUUGUGGUCAACCAUCCGGGACGUCGCUGUGGAUGAUUCCCGCUUCGCCUCCAUCGAUCUGCCGUCCAGGCCGGCUCAAGCUAGUGCUUGACAGAAGCAACAGCGCACUCACAAGAAAGGUUGCUUCAGUGAUUCAGUCUUUACUACUGUACUCCACAACUGAGCUUUUGGCCAUGGCUGGGAGCGUCGCGUCUACGCUGCUGCUCCUGCUCAACAUGGCGGGAUCGCUGCUCGCCCCGCGCGCUCCUCUGCCUCAGAUACCGCCGGCCUCCGCCGCCGAGGGUGACGACGUGGACUUCUUCUUCUUCCCCUUCCUGGUGCUCUACAAGAGCGGCCGCGUGGAGCGAUUCAUGGGCACGGACACCGUGCCGGCCUCCGUGGACCCGGCCACCGGCGUGGCCUCCAAGGACGUGGCCAUCGACGAUGCCCCCUCCUCCGCCGGCCUCGCCGUCCGCAUAUACCUGCCGACCCUAUCCAGAUCCAACGGCACGGCGAAGAAGCUGCCGCUGGUCGUGUUCUUCCACGGCGGCGGCUUCGUUACAGAGUCGGCCUUCUCGCCGACGUACCAGCGGUACCUCAACGCGCUCGCGGCCAAGGCCGGGGCGCUCGUCGUGUCCGUGGACUACCACCUCUCGCCCGAGCACCGGCUCCCGACGGGCUACGACGACGCGUGGGCGGCGCUCCAGUGGGCGCUCACGAGCGCGCGCUCCGGCUCCGAAGCAGAGCCCUGGCUGCAUCGGCACGCCGACCUGGCGCGGCUGUUCCUGAUCGGGGACAGCGCCGGCGGCAACAUCGCGCACAACAUGGCCAUGCGCGCCGGCAGGGAAGGUGGCGGCCUCCCCGGCGGCGCCACCAUCGAAGGCAUCGCGCUGCUCGACCCUUACUUCUGGGGGAAGCGCCCGGUGCCGUCGGAGACGCGGGACGCGGAGCUUCGGCGGUGGCGGGAGCGGACGUGGAGCUUCGUCUGCGGGGGGAAGUUCGGGGCGGACGAUCCUGUGAUCAACCCGGUGGCCAUGGAGAGCGAGGAGUGGCGCCGGCAUCUCGCGUGCGCGCGCGUUCUGGUGACCGUGGCCGGGCUGGACAUGUUGGCCCCGAGGGGCCGCGCGUACGUCCAGGCGCUCCGGGCCAGCGGGUGGGGCGGCGAUGUGCGGCUGUAUGAGACGCCCGGUGAGACCCACGUGUAUUUUCUGUUGAAGCCGAAUGGAGAGAAGGCGGCGAGGGAGAUGGAGACGGUGGUGGCCUUCAUCAACGGUGGCCGUGGGAGCACGGCUUCGAGAAUGGAUGCUUAAAUACGGGGAUUUCUUUAGGAUUCCCAAGAGAACAGGUAGUUUGAUGUUUAAUCCCAACCAUACCUCUUGCACAGGAAGUUUCAAUAUGUUCUCUGGGGCGAACGAGCUUCUAGCGUGGUGGCCACGAGCUCCAGUAGCACCCCUACUAGAGUUCGACUCCUAUUGGCCGGAAGGUCAAAAAUAUUUCCUCGUCUGUCCCAUAUACCAAAGCACCGGUCUAAAGCCGGUUUUGAUCUCA